GUCAGAGCGUGUGACUGCAGAGGCGAUUACGGAAAUACACGCUUAGCCGGAAUAAAAUAAAUAAAGGAUUAAUCUCGAGUCACUGCGGGUGUAAUCCUGUAACUCUGUCCACAAUGUCCAGGCAGUCCAACCGAACUACAGACAGCAAGAAGAUGAACUCUGAGCUGUUCACGUUGACUUACGGAGCGCUGGUCACUCAGCUUUGUAAAGACUAUGAAAAUGACGAGGAAGUCAAUAAACAGUUGGACAAGAUGGGCUACAACAUAGGAGUUCGUCUGAUUGAGGACUUCUUGUCACGCUCCACCAUCGGCAGGUGUCAGGAUUUCCGAGAAACAGCUGAUGUCAUUGCUAAGGUCGCAUUCAAGAUGUACCUGGGGGUCACCCCGAGUGUCACGAACUGGAGCCCAGCCGGAGAUGAAUUUUCCCUCAUCCUAGAGAAUAACCCGCUGGUUGACUUUGUGGAGCUGCCAGAUAACCACAGCGUGCUCAUCUACUCCAACAUGCUGUGCGGAGUCCUCAGAGGAGCCCUGGAGAUGGUCCAGAUGGCUGUGGAUGUGAAAUUUGUUCUCGACACUCUGAGAGGCGACAACGUCACAGAAAUUCGCAUGAAAUUCAUUAAGAGGAUUGAAGAAAACCUCCCUGCAGGAGAUGAGUGAGAGAAACAAAACUUACUGAAUGAGGACUUAUUCAUACAUGAACAUUUUCACACUAUAAAGAAAGGAUGAAGGACGUGAUUCCACCCAUCACAUGAAAGAACCGGAAAAGUAAAUCCUAACAGCUUGAUGGACCUUUACUUUAGUCCAACUUGAGGUGUUAGUAAGGAGGUAUGUAUGUGAAGAAAUAAUCAAUAAGAUUGGCACUGACAUCUGAUCCACUUAGAGACUCUUUUUUUUCUUUCUUUUUUUUUUUUUAAGAACGUACCUAAAUGACGUCACUCCUGGGGCGACCACGUAUUGUAUUUUUUUUUCUUUGCAUUUCUGGCACCAACCCCAGUUUAAAAACACUUAUUUCCCUUGAUGUUUGCCCUUUUUUUGGAUCUGUUUUAUUUCAUACCCUUAAAAAAUGAAAUGUAAUUCUGUAUUACCGCCAACUGCCUGGCAUGUUAAUUUAUAUUGAUGGGUAUCUAAAGUAAGAUCUAUCUAUUUCAUCUGAUGCUUUCCUCAUGUUUUUGACGUGACGCCUGACCAGGAACGGGUUAAACUCAUGCAAGAAUGCACAAAUACAGCCUCCUCUUUACCACCUUGCUGUUUCUGAUUUCAGGUAUUCCUAAAGCGCACGGCAGCUGCUCCGCAGAGACAAACAAUAAGAGACCCUAAUGCCAGUUUUGCCGUGUUUUUUCGGUGCAUGUGGAAGUUAUUUGUGUGUGUGCGUGCAGAAAAGCUCCCAAGGGCUUGCUUGUGUUUGUCACACCUGUGAAUGGCUUUACAUCACCCCAGAAAUAACGAGCAGAACGUCCCAGUUGGACGCAGAGCACACCUCGUCAAUAUCUGAACACAGAGACAGCUAUUCAUAUGUGCACAUGCACAAAUCAUUCCCGCGCCCACUUUAGAAGAAAAAAGGAAAAGAAUCUGGUCUGGAUACCAUGCGAACAUUAGCCAUGCUUUUUUCUCUUUUUUUUCUCUUUUUUUUUGUGCGUGCGUGUUCGUGUGCAACAGAACAACACUGGUACCAAACCCACGAGGCUACUGAAGGGAGCCGGAGGAUGAGAUUGUCAGAGAGGGAUUUCCUUUUGGAGUAAACUGUCAGCUAUUAGCUGCUGGAAACCUAGAGGCCCUGCACAUCCUAUUUUAUAGCCGCUAUUACAUCAACCCAUGUCUGCUUUUACGGCUUCAGCGGGAGCGUCGUCUGGAAUCCUCCAGACGCCCGCCAGAGGUCGCUGUCUGCAUUACGGUUCCCUCCAGAUCGUUUCCCUCCAGGAUGAAGCAAUGUACGUAUAGCUCUUUUUGGCCGAGAAUAUUGCGGUAGAAAUACAUUCCCUUAUUUGUGGGAGGAGAGGCCGGAGCUGCCAGAAAACAUAAAUAAUAGGCUUUUUCAGAUUAGGAAUAUGGAAAGAUGAUCCGAGGCAUUUGAGGAGACCGGCCCAUGCCAGUAUGAGGCUCUAGCUUUGAUUUGGCUCAAGAUUAAAGAGACGGUGACAUCAUGCUGCCUUUGUACUCCGUAAAAUGUAUUAUAUGUGGACUUCUGAUUAUUAUUUAUUGCCUCUGCCCGCUUCUUUCUCGGCCUGUGAUUGUCUUAGGGGGUCAGGAGGGUAAAGUGGAAGCCCUGAGAGGGCCAGCGGGGCACAUUAACCUCUGCAUGCCACCGAGCAGACUCUCAACACAUCACACGCGCAUACCUGUACACCCUGUUGGCCUAUGACGAGCAGGACAUGACAGUCCUCUUUGUGCACAGAGGUGCAAUGACUUGGCAGGCAUGGAGUCGUCCACCUCGGGGGUGGACAGACAGCUGCACUGGCGAAAGCCUGCGCCAACCCUCAAUAUGCUCACAGGAGUCUAGUCCUGACAAAUACAUAGGCGCAUAGCUGCAACAUGCUGCGCACGGAGGCCAGAGCGAGAAUGAAUUUAUUACCACCGCCCUACUUCACAAAUAGGUUGUAAGACACGCCGAGGACUUUGUCCAAACAUUCAAAUCAGCUAAUUUUUCUUCUCGGCUCUUAAAACUAACACCAAUAUUUCUGGAGAGAGUUUUGUGUUAAUGGUUUUUGCAGUUUUUACCCAAGCCUAAGUUGAAUGAAACACUUUGAGGGGGAAAAAUAGUUUGUUAUAGAGAUGCUUCAGUCUUACUGAGCCACGCAGAACUACUUGAAGAUGCUGCUUUUUAUUAUCCAUUGUUUUUCCUCUCCCCCCGUCUGUCUCCUUUCGUAUUUGUUUAAACUGCUCUAUCUGGGACAUUCCCCAUCGCUCAUACCAGGCACCGUAUGUUCCGUGUUUCCCUUCACUGCUUUCCGCAAAAAUAUUUCAUUUCACUAAUGCUGUUCUUUGCAGCUGCCUAUAUUUUUUAGAAAACUUUAUUAGUGCAGACCUGGAAAACAAGUAGCAAAUGUUACAGGCCCGAGACAGCAUGCGCUGAUCUGCUUUAAGCCAGAUAAAUGUUUCCAUCUGGCCUUUAUGGGAACCAAAUGGUGAAAGGCACGCUGUGACAGCGAGGCCUGGCGCACACACACACACACACACACACACACACACACUGGUGCUGACCUGCACUUAUUGAAUACCGCAUCCCUUUCUUCUCCUUCCACUUCAUCCAUUUUCACCAACUGUUACUUGUAGUUUGCCCAUUUUAUUUUCCCAGACCUGCCUAUGAUUUAAAUAAUUUUCCCCCUUUUUUUUUUUCUCCCCCCUUUGUUAUAACCUUCUGAUAUGUGAAAAGCAAAGCCGCCUUGCACGUAUCACAGAGAGGAUGUGUAAUAGUCUGUCUUUUGGAAAUGUUCUGCAUCUGAUGGGAAACGGGCCUCUGGUGAGGAACAACGGCGGACUGAUUCAGUCACCCAGGACUUCCACAGCUUUCCUGAGUGUGUGUUUUACAUAUGUUCAGCGGAAAGAUGGAGCAUGAGAAGGACGAGUGGAAAGCACACUGUCUGGAGAGAAUGCAGUGAGUCAGCAAACGACUGCGUUAAUUGUUAAAAUGCCAGAAAAUGUGAAUGUUCCUGGGCUUUGUCAUGGCAGAGAGAGGAGGUUGAUUUAACAAGCGUGUUGAUAGUCUGGAUAGUCUUUUUUUCUCUCUCUCUGGUCCAGAGACACAGUGUACACUUGUUUCCAAAAAAUAUUUGAACCAAGGAUUGGUCUGACUAUAAUAAAUGUUUUAAUUCCUUCGAGUCCAGAUUAGUUGGGAUCAUCUCGGGGCGAGGUUUGUUUUUGGUACAAUAAAGGUUCGGGUGCGAACAUUCAAACUUA